ACAGCAGCAGAGCCAUGAGUCAGAUAGCUGAGGACCUGCUAAUUAUCUAUGAGACAGAGGCAGAGCAAUGGGCCACAUAUCUGCGUUCAGUCUUCAUAGGCCCCAUUAAGGAAAGUGGCAUCUGCUGCUAUGACAUCGCUACCGUGUCCAGCCGACGGGACGACUUUCUGAGGUUGGUCCAUUACAGGUGCAAGCUCCUGAUCUUAUCGCGGGGCAUGCUGGAAGGUCUGUGCCAGCUACGUCGCUUCUUCCUGGCCCGCGUGCUGUGCCCUGCAACCCACGUGGUGGUGCUCCUGUGUGGGGUGGAGAGCCUGGCUCCCCUCUUGGAGAUGGUGCCCCUCAAGGGCCAUGAGUGCCUGCAGAUCUCCAGUGAGCAGGACGCUCACGAAUACCUGUCGGCCGUGAACGAUAUCAUACGGAAAGGUGGCUCAUCCAGUGCUGAGAAUGUCAGCGUCUCACCCAGCAGGUCACUGGGACCAAAGCAAAUGCCGGAUCAAACGCCGCCAGAGAGAUCACCCAGCGGCAAACCCAGUGUUGUGGUUGUGCCUUCCAAAGUUCCCUGUGGGAGCUCUACGGAGGUGUUCAUUCUCUUGAAAGAUAAAGUGGCGAGCAGUGACGCCGAGGUUGAAUUUAGCAUUGACAAUCAGCGGGUGACGGUGAAGCCUGACCAGUGGAAUGAGCGAGUCCUCUGUGUCAGUGCACCAGAUCUCCCUGCAGGAAAUGUUACUUUGACCCUGUACUGCAGUGGCGCGGCCCUGAGCGAGGCACAGUUGCAUUACUACAGCACCAUGGAGGAGAUUACCAGGCUUUUGACAAUGGUGGCGAACCCUGUUGACUUCAUGUGCCAGGCUUUCCAGGUGACCUCUGUGGAGGAGUUAGAUCAAAAGCUGUCCUCUAUCCUGGUGAAGGCGAUGCCGUCUGGGGGCUUUCAGGGACUGCAGUGUGACAACGCACCCGAAAAAGUGCAACAGCCUGAGGAGGUGCCUUCGCUCCUCCACUUUGCCGCCCAGAACGGACUGAAGAACGUCUCCAGCCUGCUGCUGCAGUGUCCAGGUGCUAAGCGGGCCUUGUGCACAACCAACCAUCACGGACAAACACCCAGCGAUAUUGCUGAGAGUCACGGCCAUAUCGAGCUUCACAUCCUGUUGAAGGAAACACUGAGUGUGUUCAACUCAGGCGAGGACAGCGGCGAUGCUGGUGUGUACGAACUGAUGUGCACUGCAGGGAGUACUAUCGCCUUGGAUGUGCAGAGAGAGGAACAGGGGGAGUCAGAAGCUGAUGAAGACCCCUACGCCCCACUCGGGGUGAAUGAUGAAGAUUACGACACCAUCUUGACCUCCAGCAACACUGUGACCAUUGCCAACCGCCCACCAGCACCCACACCCCGGCCAGAAACCACCCCUGCCAAGGAGGACCGUACACCCUUCAUUGCUCAAGUUUUCCAAAAGAAGACGCCGCAGGGGGACAAUGACACGUUGUAUUCUCUUCCUACCAAACAAGCCCACGGGCGAGGAGACAGCAUCUCUUCCACCUACGACACCUUUGUGCCCAACCAGCCGCCCGGGCUGGACCAGCUCAUCGAGCUGCAGGAGGGGGUGAAGAGGGGCUCCCUCACUAUGGACGAGGCCCUGGAGCGCUUCAGCGACUGGCAGCGGGUCCAGAAGGGCAUGGACGGCAUCCAGCAGGAGAAGUUACGUCAGCUGAGAGCGAGCAUCAUCAAGAAGAGCGACGCCGACAACGGUGUCUACGACAAAAUCAACAUCGUUCAUCACACGCCAAAUAUUACUGUGAACGAGUGUCGACGAGGAAGCCGGCAGUCCGAGUCCGACUUUUACAGCAAGCCACUUAAAGGACAACAGCAACAGGCACAUUUCUUCUGGAAAGGUGACAAACAGUAAAAAGACUACAGGUUCCAGCUCAAGACUAAACCCCGUCCUGUGAUUAUUCAAAGUGAUUUAUUUAAAGUAUGAAGCAUGCACAUGUAGUUUAAAGAGGUAUUUACUUCAUGUAUGCAUUUUUGGCUUUGUAUCUGUUGAAUGAAAUGUUGUGCAGCGCCGGCCAGUUCUUUUUUAACACCAUGCACAAGUAAUGAAUGCAGAAAUGGUCACAUUAUUUAAACUUUAUGUAAA